AUGGUUGGAAAAAAGGUUAACAUUUUUACAGGUGAUAAGUUAUCUCUACCAGGUCGAGGACGAGCAUUAUCAGUAACGAGAACAAUUGAUGUAUACGAAGAAAGUAGUUAUUACCAACGUUCAACAAGUUUACCACGUCAUGCUGAUCAUCCUUAUGAAGUUAGAAAAACUACCGCAGUAAUUCGAAAGCAUACAGAUAGCUUGAAUGAAUCGUUCGAAAAAGAAUCACAAUGCUCCUCUUCAAAAGAAAUUGAUGAAAUGGAAAUGUUUCCAUUAAAACGUUCACGUUACAAUGAAAAAGAACGGAAUGUGCAGAAAUCACCUACGUUUACUAAAGAAUUACCAAAGGAAAUCAUAAUAAGAAAUGAUGAAGAUCUAAGGCUUAAUGUUGGAAUAAAGUCAUAUCCACAAGCUGAUAUCAGAUGGGAUGUUAAUGGGUUUGAAUUGAAGGAUUCUAAAAGAGUGACGGUAAUUAAUGAAGAAGAUCAAUCAACACUUAUUGUAAAAUCGCCUGUGCGUAGUGGACGUUACAGUGUUUUUGCAUCCAAUGAAUACGGUAAGACGAAUCAAGUUGUUCGUGUGAUUCGAGAAGAAGAAGAACGGUACGUACAAACGGAACAAGAUGAAAUCGUUUACCAGCAUGCUUACUCAUCACCACCUGAGUUUGCAAGCAGCUCUGUAUCAGUUCGAACUAGUAAUCCGCUUUCUAAUAAAUACAAAAUAAUAGAUGAGCAAAAACGGUCUAACACCUUAGUUAAUUCAGUCGAAACUGUUAAAUAUGUAGAAUCUCCUGGAGAAGUAAUUCAAUCUAAACAAGAGAUAUCUAGUGGCUUAAGCAGUACGACUAUAUAUAAAGCAGUUCCACCGCAACCGUUACCAAAGCCAAAGACACCUGUAAUCCAUGAACCACAGCGAGACAUAGUUUCAGAAACACCAUACUCGUCUACCCUGUUUUCUCAUGCAGGAAAAUACAUUGCAAAACAUGUAGAUGAAACAGGGACGGAUAAAAAUACUUGUAUAUUUUCUCUUCAACCAGACGCUUAUAAACUGUCUUCUGUAGUAUCGAUUACGGAGCAAAAAUAUGAUAAAUCUGAGAAUGCUGAAAAUGAAACUUUGCUUCAAAGAGUACCACCUCCGAAACCGCCACCACCAAUAAAAGUAAUGGAAAAUGAUAUGCUAAUGAAAAGGACAUUCCAUAGCAUCAAGCAUCGUACUGCAGAAUCACUACCAAAAGCUCCAAUGCUUUUGAAAAAACUUGAAUCAGAAAUUCGUUUGAAAGCAGGAGAAAAACUUGUGCUAGAAUUGAAAGUUGCUUCAUCACCUGAAUCUCAGUUUAAAUGGUAUCAAAAUAACUUCGAGAUAAAAUCAUCCCCCUUUGUUAUUUUUGAAACUCCUGCGAUAAAUGAAAGUCGAGUCACAUUCAUAAAACCUACAAGUGGUACUUACAGAGUGGUUGCUGCUAAUACUCACGGUUCUUGCUCCAGUUCAACUCGUGUUAUUGCGGAAGUUAUUGAAGAAUGGACUUCAGAAUCCAACGUAUUCUUAUUCAGAAGUGUACCUGAAAGGCACGAACCGAAAUAUCAACUUGUUAAACGACUUCAUACUGAAGUUCGGAAUGAUCUGCCUAAAGCACCUAAAAUUAUUGAGGGCUUCGCUCCAAUAAUGCAAGUGCCCAAAAAUGCACCCCUGAUUUUACGAGUAGUUGCUGACGCACUGCCAAAAGCAGAGUUUCGAUGGUUACUAAAUAAUUUUGAAGUACGAAAUAGUAAAACAACAAGAUUAGAGCAUCCUGCACCAAAUGUUUCACAGAUUACAUUUGAAACUCCAGUAAGUGGUCGUUACGAGGUAGUAGCUAUAAAUCAUUUGGGUCAGGAUUCUUGUUCAGGAAAAGUAAUCAUCAAUUACGAGGAAGAGCUUCAAACUAUAUCUUUUCAGCGUCCAAGUAAACCAAUAGUUCCUAGGGUUCCAGUGUUUCUGAAAUCAUUGCCAACCGAAAUGCAGCUGAAUCGUGGACAGCAAGAAAUUAAAUUAACAGUUUCUGCUCAAGGUGAGCAACCAAUAACAUUCCGCUGGUUUGCAGAUGGAAGCCUUCUGUCCAACAGCGUGCAGCAUCAAAUUAUAAAUGAACAAGAAAGUAGCACAUUACUUGUACGAAAAAUGAUAGAAUUUGAUGUAGUUUACGCAGUAGAAGUUUCUAACGUAAACGGAGCUGUCUGGUCAGAAACUACACUAAAACCAUCAUCCUCAGUGACAUCUUAUGAUUCAAAACUAACAGAGUUGGAGGAAAUUGCUUCACUGGAGUCGACAGAUUUGCUGCAGCGUUCUCCGCGGUUUAUUAACACAUUGGUUGAUAUAAAUUUGCAACAAAAUAACUCUUAUUCUAUACGUGUAACUGUUGAUACUGAAUCCGCUCCAUGUGAAUUUGUAUGGCUACUUAACGGACGUGAUGUUCGUACUAUCCCUGGAUUUAGCAUUGACUCAUCCUAUUAUGAAUCCACUCUUUAUAUAAAAGCAGCAAUGCCGAAAUAUUCUGGGAAACUUUUGGUUUCAGCACGUAAUAAAUACGGUAGUGUCAAGUCAUCAUCUGUAAUCAUUGUUCAAGCAACUCAUGAAGAAUUAUAUAACCUGUGCCCAGAAGAACAAAACAUACCAAUCGGGCGACCACCACAAAUUAUCAUUCCUCUUCAACCUUUGGCGGUGCAAGCAGAUCAACGAAUGAGAAUAUGUUGUCGUAUUGAUGGUUUACCCCAACCAGAAGUUUUCUGGACAAAAGACGAUAUCCUUCUUGAUGAAUGGCAGAUGAAUAAAGGAAUUAUUGCCAGAACAUUACCAGAUGGUACCUGUGAAUUAAUUUAUCAAAAAUGUGGACCAGAAGAUGCUGGUUUAUAUAUGUUAACAGCUCGGAAUAUUUAUGGUACCACGAGUACUUCCGCUUAUGUACACGUUGCAGAAAAAACAGAACAAACAGCAACAGAAACGAAAGAAACAGUAACGGAAACGAAAGAAACAGUAACGGAAAUGGGAAAAGAAAUCGAAAUUGAGUACUGUAAAGCGUUAAAGCCUCAGUUUGAAGAAGUAUCCUGGAAACAAAAUGAAGACAAAGUGAUUCUAACCUGCAAACUAAUCAGUAAAAAAGCAGUCCAAGUUUUCUGGUACAAAGAUAACCAACGUUUGUACCAAAGUUACAAAUAUCGCAUGGAUAAAAUUUCGGAAAAUAUGCAUACUCUAACGAUAUGCAACUUUGAUAAGUGGGAUGAAGGUCCGUAUACGUGUCGCAUUCAAAAUGAAUAUGGCAGCACGGAAACAAACAUUGACAUACGUUCCAUAAUAGAAAGUCAGAAAGUAGAGAAGGUGGUGGAAGAAACUAUUAGUAAAGAAAUCAGAUUGAAGGAUGAAUAUUAUUAUCAGAAAAAAGAAUACUCAGAUACACCAAUCGAACUCAAGAAAGAAUCACAAAUUGAUGAUAUUGAAGAAACAUUCAGCCAUUCUGCAGAACUUCGAAAGACCGAAGAGCAAUACAAGCUAUUAGUGAAAGUCGCAGAAAUUUUGGCUAGCAAGCUGGUUGCUAAUGUAGUCAUAGAUGAAGCUAUAAAUACAGCUCUGAAGCGAAUGAAUCGAGGAGUGCAUUCAAGUGAAGAAGAAGAGUUUGAAUCAGCCAUCGAAUUUCAUCCAUUUCCACCAAGGUGCUACUUUUGA